CUGCCGAAGGGCAGCUAUUUCAAUAUGCACCGAGGGGAAGAAAGUUCAUUUAGCUUUCGAAAAACAUAUUUAGUCAAAACGCAUCUUUCUUAGUUCAGUUUAUUUGUCACUUUCGAAGGGACGGCGUCUUAUGUAAAAGACGAAGCCUAAAGUAAACACUGAUAAAAUAAUAGUCCCAAAAAAAGCAUUUUAUGUGCUGUUCGGGAAUUUAUCUCCCUUAUAUUCAUAAGGAAUCUUUGUACAUACCUUAAUUGUUAGAUGUAACCAUUUGAUUAGAUAUAAGAAUGAUUACAACCGCAAAAAACGACAGAAGAUUUGUGAAUUUAAUUCACAAUCUAUUGAGUGUUUAGUCAUAGAUCGAGCUAACUGAGAAAACAAAACUACUUUAAUUUUCACCUUUACCAUUUUCCUAUCCUUAAAUAUUAUUAUUAAUAUCCUUGUAUAAAGUCCAUUAUCGAAAUCAUUCACUCUCAGUCAUUAAUACUGUUUUUUUAAUUCCAAUAAAUGCUGGAAUAAAGCUACGCAAAAUGAGAUCCGAAGUAAUUUUAUUUUUGUGGUUUUCAUAGCUGUUGAGUAAUCCUCAGAUCUUCUGUUUGGCGCUGGCUAACGACCAUGGAUAUCAAUUUACACUCCUGCUUCCAUUUCUAGUGGCAAUAUCGCCAAAUCCUUUUUAUUUAACUGAUAAAUACGUUCCAGCUCAUCGAUUUUCUCUGAAAAGGCUGUUGAAUAUUCGCUGUGACCUGCUUGACAUAAACAAAACAAACCGACAUUUCUGAGAAAAGCCGGAAGAAAACUGAUACUCGCAAGCCGUCACUCCGCCACAAUUCACAUUUAUAUAUAUGUGUAAAAAAUAUAUAAAUAUAUAGAAGUCAAAUAGGGGGAGUUGACACGUGUUAAUAACUUAUUUGAAAUAACUAGUUAUAAUCGUAAAUACCCUGAAUAUUCACGAUUAGGUUUAUUUUAAGAACAAAGUUUCUUGGAAAGAUUCAGGUGAUUGGGGUCUUCAUACAUAUGUAACGCAACUAAGCUUAGUUGUGGUUAUACCUUUGGUGUCGGGUAAAGAUAUAUUUCGGCUUUAAGAACCUUGGAUCAAGAGACAAAACAUGGGGGCAAAUCAUGGAAGGCAAUUUCACGUUCACAUGUUCGAAGAAGACAUUCAAAUGAUGAAAGAGCUAGUGAAGCUUCACCCGGAAAAAGAGACAGGCGGCAAUCUGUUUGGUUUGUGGAAUAACGACGAAGAACCAGUCUUGCACGUUGUGCUUGGUCCUGCCAUUGGCUGCACUCGCACAGAAGUGUCGUUCUACCAGAGCAUUCCCUAUUUAGAGCGUGUUGGAAGGCUGCUAACCGAGCGGUUUCUCCUUUGUCACAUUGGAGAGUGGCAUUCCCACCACAAAUUGCGUUUAUCGGAGCCGAGCUCAGGAGAUUCUUCAACCGUUAUUCGGAACUUUCCUAGAGGAGCGCGUGGGUUUAUCCUGAUCAUCGCCAAUAUUCUUCCACGUGGAGAUGUCACACUUUCGCCUUACCUUUACAGACAAGGACAGACUACCUACGAAAAAGGAUUGAUCAGACAACUUAGCAGUCCAUGUAGCCCCUUCAGGAAAAUAGAUGUCAUAAAGGAAAAUAUUGAGAGAGACGAAGAUAGGAGUACCACUGCUCAUGAACACAAGAGGACACCUAAAAGUUGGGGAUCGGAACAGCUGCCCGGUAAUGAAAGCUACGAGAGCAAAGCAUACGCUUACAUGUUUGAAGAUGACAAACAAAUGAUUGAGAAUAAGCUGUUACAAUUUGAUGGGGAUGAAAUGGAGGGAGAAUUGCUUGGUUUGUGGACGAGUCACGGCAUGCCUGUCUUGCAUCUGGUCCAAGAACGUAACAGCAAGAGCGGAAAAGAACAGCAGCCUUUUUCUUCGCAGACGAAACCUACAAAUACCUUGCAAACCCAAGGAAUCUUGGCUCAGGAUUACACCUUAGGAAAAUACAUUCUUAGCCAAAGAGAGCUGGAGGCACCAUCUUACAAAGACAUGCAUCGAGAGUAUCCUAAUGGAGGUCUUUUAAUUCUGGUUUACAAGGUCACAGUAGAAAAUGAAUCAGUUGCGGCUAUCCAUCCAUACCUUUUUAAAAAAGGCUCUGCAAAUUUUGAGCCACUUGAAAUGUAUUACCUUCCAGGUCGAAACGUGUUCAGUCAAAAAAUGAAUGAUAAUAUUGAAAAAGAAGAAGAAGAAAGCGGAAUAACGGGGACGGAAGUCGAUGAUCUCGAUGCUCGUGGCAGUCCAAACUUUCAACAACACAAACACUCACGUACCUAA